CCAGAAGCACCAAACAUGACAGUAGACAGCGCCACCAUGGAAGACAUGGAAGCCAAGGCCGACCAGCUCGGUAUCCAGUUCUCCUCCAUAGACUUGAAUUCUUCACACCCACCUCACUUUAAUUUCAGUGAAUGCCAAGAAGUGUUUUACGAUGAAAAUGGUUUCAUUCCCAAUAUUGAGUUUGGGGGUGUGAUUGUGGUUAGUAAUCUUCCUGUUGUUGAGGCAGAGAUGGCCCAGGAGCUUGAAAGCGAGAUUCGAGUGGUGUUUAGUGAAGUUGGUGUUAUUAAAGAAGAUGGGUUUUCGAUGCCUGUGAACCCCACCACCCAAGAAACCUUGGGUCAUUGUUUCAUUGAGUUUAAUUCUCAGGAGGAAGCCGCACUUGCUAGGAACAAGAGAGAUGGAUACAAGUUUGGUGAUUGCAAGAUGUCAGUAAGCCUCUAUGAUGCCUUUGGCAGUUUAGCUGCUAUUCCUGGCACGGGGACUUAUUCAGAGAUUAAUGCAUCCUUUUGUGGGUCCUCAAGGUAUCCAGGGUCGCCUUCUUUGCUUAGUCCUGUAACGGAGGAAGACGAAGAACCCGUUUAUAGUGAUGUUUCUACUGCAGAUGACAACGAUGAAAUAAUGAUGUGGAGUGAGCAAGAAAACGAUAUGAGCAGUGAGGAAUUUAGGGAAGUCAUUGAAUAG